CGCACACGAACGGACCCAAACAGGGUCUGACUCUGGUUUUCAAUAAAAGGCUUGAUAGUGGCGCGUCCUUUUCACUCUCUUACCAUCGCCCAACAACUAUCCCUCACACCUUUUACCGUCUUUGCUAAAUCUCUUGCACAAUGUCAGGCGCAGCCGGGCCAAGCGUGAACAACACUGUACCGAGCUCCCAUCUGUCUCUGGUUCCGCCACCACAAUCGCUAGCUCAGGACUGCCCCAUUCUUAUCUGGAUGUUGUCGCUUAAUCGAGAGUAUACUGCCGAGGAGUAUGAAGCUUGCUAUACUUUCUUGAAGGAUUAUACAGACCACGUCGAGUUGGGACACUACAAUCCGGAAGAUGCGGACUCAUUCAGGCACCUCGUUACUCAGCUCUUACCUGUCCUCAUGAUGAGACAUAGGCGAAUACCGCGGUCUAAGUGGCGGGACCAGGUCACAGCGAAUGGGAAACAUUGGAUAGAACAGCUCCCAGACGACAUGCCCCCGGAGAAAUUCUUAUACUCUAUGAUCGGAUAUCACAUUGAAUGCGGGCCCUCACUGUGUGGAAUCGCAAUGACACAGGGACCUCAGAAACGAGUUGUUAACAUCGGCCUUGGCAUCAAGCAGCUAACUGUUGAACCCAGAGGCAUAUCUGUCGCCGUGUACUUGGAGUCUUUGUCACACAAGCUGACGCCCAAUGAAAUGGCCUUGAUUCCGCUUGAUGAAGGGGAUGAGACCGCCUUGCGGCGCCUAACCAUUAUCUUGGCCCUUAAGGAAGCGUACAUACAUGCUAUCGGACAGCCCAUUGGUUUUGAUUAUUCUCGGCUCGAGUUCAACGUUCCGGCGGGCAAAGCUUGGGGUGACGGACAUCCACUGCAGGGAUGGGAGUUCCGUAUAUGGAGCGCUGCUCUUGGUGUGGCGCGUGGUGAUCGCCUGGUAGAGGAACAAUACCAAUGUGUCUGCGCAUUCUUCCGCGGCACGAAAGAGUCAACAUUUUUGUGGAAAGACGAGAGAAAGGCAUUGGAUACGUGGGUGCAGUUUAUUAACAUUGACCAGAUGAUCAAGGUCAUUCCGAAAUUGAUGGCCUGAGACGAUGAACCAUAAACGAACUGUAAGGAAUUUGUAACUGGCAUGUAUCUAUUAUAUUGUGCGGAAUACCCUCGACUGCUGAAUUUUCUAUAUGACGAAAGUAGUCGUGUAUAACAUCACUUACAUACCUACGUAAUCGUGCUAGUAAUAAGUUUAUCUAUGAUCUGUUAAAUAAAUGACAAUUCCAGACCGAC